UCCCUAGCCUGCCAGAUGAAGGCGAAGCGACGGAAGCCGGACCUGGAUGAGAUUCACCCCGAGCUGCGGCCUCAGGGUCCCACACGGUCCCUGCCCAACCCGGACGCUGAACCCGACCCUGACCUGCCAAGGGGCUGCCUACAUCGCUGUCUGGCCUGCACGAGGUACUUCAUCGAUUCUGCCAAGCUGAAGACCCACUUCCGAUCCAAAGACCACAAGAAAAGGCUGAAGGAGCUGAGUAUCGAGCCCUACAGUCAGCAAGAGGCGGAGAGGGCAGCGGGUAUGGGUUCCUGUGUGUCCCCCAAGAGACUUGCAGUGCAGACAGGAGUGUCCACUGAUGUCCCUGAGAUGGACACAUCUAACCUGACAUGGCCCGGGGAUGCGAGGCAAUGA